UCUUCACAUUCAUACCAAACAUCUUCUUUUCUGAACUUCUUUACAGUUCUUGCUUGGUUUUUUCAGUUUCAUGGGUUCACCAGAGAGGCUUCUCUUUCCGGCUUUUCUUAUUGUUGCUGCAGCCAUUCAUGGCAUUCAAGGAGAUGCAAUGGUUAGCGGGACCGUGUUCUGUGACCGCUGCAAAGAUGGCAGAGUCACAUUAUUUGAUUAUCCCCUCAAUGGGAUGAAGGUGUCAGUGUUAUGCCCGGGAGAUAAUGGACAAGCUAUAGAAUAUGGAGAAACAACUACAAACUUCAUGGGAAGCUAUACUAUGAGGUUUCAAGGAAGUCCUGACCUGGCUAAUUGUGUUUCUCAAGUAUCAAGCACUGGCCAAGGCUGCGGGGCAGCUUCUGGUUCUCCUCAAACUAUAAGGCUUGUGUUUAGGAUGUUUGAUAUGGCAAUGUACUCAGCUUAUCCAUUGAUUUCUCAGCCAGCUCAGCCUAUGCCUUAUUGCCUGGGGUCGAGUACUAAUCCACCACCGGUAAAUCCCCCAGCACCAAGUGUUCCUACGCCUGUAACACCUACUCCAACCAUUAGACAACCGCCUGCUACAACUCCUCCAAUUUCUGGGAUACCCCCAUUGCCUCCUAUGCCACCAAUGCCAUUCUUCCAAGCAUCAACCUGUUCGUCUCGGAUGUGGGCAAUGCCAGAGAACAGAUGUUACUGGAAAGUACUAAGACCGGAUUUAAAAGUAGCUCUUGUAUUCGGGCCACUAGCUGCCAGACGAUAUGGUACAGACAUUACAUUGUUGGUCAGCAUGAGUGGAAGAGGGGAUCCUUAUAAGACUCUUCUUAGAGAAGCAACAACUGCACUUUUAAAUUCCUACCAUAGUCUUCAGUAUCCGUAUCGCCCUCUGUCUGUGAUCAUUCGAACAAAUUAUGCACUCUUGGGGUCUACUAGGAAUGUCCUCAGGACUGCUCUGCGCUUCAUGCAGGCUAAUUCAGGCUACGGGAAUGCCACCUGCAACUUCACUCCUUGCACCUGAUAUCAAGGUCUUAUAUGAGAUAUUUUGCCACCCAGAGUAUAUCAUAUACUUAUUGUGGGUUAUAUUUAUCAUAUACUUCAGUGGUUUUUCCAGUAAUAUACUAAUAUAUUAAACUUGUUAGAUUAUUUUCAGCUUAAGCCUGGGACAUGUAUUCAGUUACUAAAGAGGCUUGUAGUAGUUACUGUAUUAUCUUAUGGAAGCAAUUACUGAUUCUAUUUAUUUUCUUUCAUGUAAAAGAAUGCAUAUUAUAGAAAUGAGUAUCAUCAGCAUAUAAAACCAUAAA